CUGACCUCGCGUAGCCAGAGUUCUCCUCACGAAGCUCCUUUGCGGUCGCCUAGCACUCGUCUCUGGUCUUCUCAUCCUCAUCCAACCACCUCCGCUUCCCCUACUCUUUGUCGCGACCAAUCACUUACAGCCUGCUCUAAUCUCUAUUCAGAAUUAAGAGAUUAUUUCCCAAUUACAUCCUCUACUUAAGAUCGCCCUCGCGUUUAUCCACUCUUCCUUCAACAAAACCCCUCCUCGGUCUCAUUUCGACUAGUCGCCUACGCAUACGCCUACGUCUACGCUACAAAGCGAUGGCCGGUGCUUCUCCGACUAGACGCUCUUCUCGCGCGCGAACUACUCAAUCUCAAUCGAACAAUUCCUCAAGUGCGUCUAGUGCAUCUGGCCGUGCCGAACGAAGCACAAGAGCGUUUACCAAGACCGGCUCUCCUCAAAAGUCUACCGGCAGUGGGUCUCUCUCUUCAGAACCACCCGAGGAUUCCACUACGACAACAACAACCAACGACGAUACCCUCCUACGCCGACGAAGCACGCGCGGCAAAGACGACGAUCGCGAAAAACAUUCCAAGAUAGAAUUACUCGACAUGGCACCUGUUGGCGACGAGAUCCAAGAGGAGGAUGAGGCCGUCCGCUGCAUCUGUGGCCACGACGAGUAUCCGGGGCCACCUCCCUUUGACGAAGACUCGAAGCAUACCAUAAAAGAUGCAAUUGAUCAUGAAAGAAUAUUCGCCAUCGAGGUUACAGACGACAUGGCCGGCUUUUUCGUACAAUGCGAGUUUUGCAAUACAUGGCAACACGGCGCCUGCGUGGGCUUUACGGAAGAGUCCAAUCCUGAAGAUGUUCAGUAUUUUUGCGAAAAGUGCAGAAAGGACCUACAUAAAAUAUUUACAGCGAGCAAUGGACAAAAAUAUUCCAUAUUUCUCCCUAUCCACCGAUCCUCGCGAGCCGCUUCGCGAGCCGCUUCUACGGCUAAGGAUGGUGCGCAGUCUCCUAAGGGUACUUCUACCAAAAACUCACGUUCUUCAGCCGCCGCGCAUACCUCCAAGAGACGCUCUACCAUGAACAGCCGGGAUGCUGCUUAUGACGAAGAGGAACAGUUGCGACGGGCAAUUGAAGCAAGUAAAGAAGACGCAAUUCCCGAAACCGCAGAGCCUCCAGUAAGGCGCCCGAAACGAGGCAGAGAUGACAGCGAGGAGAAGGUUGAGGGUAUCAAGCGACAACGAACAAAUUCUAAAUCUCCCUCCCCAAAAACUGAAAGGCCUCAAUCCAUCCCCCCAGAAGAAUCUGAAGAUGAGUCGGCUAUCCGAAACGGCUCAUCUAAGAAAUCCCGGAAUGCAGCUCGUAAUCAGCGCGAGAAAGCUGAGAGGGAUGAAAGGCGUGAAGAACAAGAACGAAAACGGGCCGAAGCCGCCAACAAAAGAAAAGGUCGUGCUGAACGUCGCCGAGCUGAUGACUCUGACCCCUCGGAAGAAAUUCCUUUAUCAGUCCGCACGGCAGCAAAUAGAACCACAGAGUCGGCGCAGCCCCCAGAACCCCCGGUAUCAUCGCAGCCUGUUCCAGACACACCUCCCGCCGCUCCAGUUCCCACACACUCACACAAGAAAAAAGCAACCAACCAAAAAAAGAAAGGCAGAAAUCAGUAUACAAAGGACCGUGAUAAUCGUGACCAUGAUGAAUCGCCGGCGAGAUCAGUGUCUCGCGAUAUCACGAGAAACAUUGAGGAAAACGGAACGUCACACAUCAAAUCAGGCCAGGAGACCACCGGCAAACAGAGCAAGUCUAAAGGUGGCAUGAGUUCCAGGAUCACCAUGACAGAUAUGAAAAGACGGGCCAAUAACAUCCUAGAAUACAUCACUAGGACACAGGUCGAGUUGGCAAGCGAACCAUUAUCAGAUCCAGUGAAAAGUUCUCAUCCCAAUAAUAGCAAUAAUGGAUCUGUCAAUGGAGUCCCUUUAAUUAAAGUUAACGGCGACGACAACAAGAAGGGGGGAAACACCAAUACAAGCAUCAACGGGUCAACAAGCAACGGAACUAACAACGACACCCUGCCGCUAAAGGAAUUCAAGGAAAUGUCUUGCAUUGAAAUGAUGGACAUCUUGACCCGGGAUUUAGUAAAGUGGCAGCAGGAGUUUGUGCCUUGACAAAACCUUGUCACAGCUAUAUCAAAAGAUCUACCUGGCGUUCCAAGGUUGGCUUCCUAUACCAGGCUUACAUCUGCAUUCGGCGUUACCCCCGCAGUUGACGGAUCAAGAGGCGUGUUUUUUCAUUCUUUCUUUCUUCGAUGACAAAAGUUCAUUAUGGUUUCAAGUGUAGAAUUGGCUGUGCUAACGAAAAAUCAAGUGAAUUGAUUGGGGGAGUUAUUGGACUUUAAGGGGCGCAGAUACUCCGGUGUCUGGAAAAGGAUGCCUGGGUCGUUCUUGGAGUGUGUUCUGAUUUAUGUUAUUUACUGGUGUGGCGCUGUAACUACCAUAUACCCCGAUAUCUAUAUCACCUAGCACAUCGCCAGUGUAAAUAUUAGGUACACGCAUAAUGUACAAUGUCAAUAUCUUUUAUCAAUG